AAAUGUAGGUCGUUGGGGGUUUUUUUAGUUCAACUUUCGUCUAGUAACGAAAUAUCGGCACUUUCCAAUUUUGCCCCCCGCGUCGCUCCACUCGCUCGCUCACCGCCCAGCCGCACUGCCCGCGCUCACUCUCUCCCACUCGCCCAGCCGCACUAGCCGGCCUCCCCGUCGCUCGCCGGCCUCCCCCCUCUCCCCGUAGCUCGCCGGCCUCCUCGUUGCUCGCCGGCCUCCCCGUCUCCCCAUAGCUCACCGGCCUCUCCCUCUUCCACCGCCACUUCUCCACCACCCCGCCUCCACUCACACCCCGGAGGUAAACAAAUUCCAAUCUUUUGCGCCGGCGACGAGCUUCUACUCCACGGAGGCGUGGAUGUGCAUGUGCUAGCGCUGGAUCUGGGCGACAGAGGCAUGGAUGUGGAGCGGCACCCGAGCGGCGGAUCUGGAGCGGUGCCGGAGUGGCGGAGCGGCGGAUCUGGAGCGACGUCGUCGUCGUCGUGGAGUAGCUGCUUCCUCCCGCGUGAAACUGGAGAACGAGAGGGAGGGGCAGAUGAUGGCCGCCAUCAUGGAUUUGAAUCUUCUGUUCUUACAUUGCUGUAGUACUGGCUGCAGUCUUGCUGUACAAUCACUUGGUAAACAUCUUGCUCAUGUACUGCUAGUUUCAGUUAACUGUUCAUGUUAACCAUCUUGCUCAUGGAUUUAUUCCCUUUUCUUCAUUGAUGUACUGUUAAACAUCUUGCUCAUGUGGUCAUCUUGCUAAGAGGAAUUCAAGGCCUGAUGCGUCCUUCUGGGAGCCAUGGCUACUUCUUCCUGUGCCCUGCGUCAGGAGAAGGAGCACGCCCAGGAGAAGAAGGAUCGGGAGAAGGCCCUGAGGACCUGGGACUGCUGCUGCCGCGUGCUCCUUCUGGGAGACGAGGACCCUCCUUGGCGCCCCUGGAUCGCUGCUGCUGGAGACAAGGACCUGGGCCUGGGAGCGCUGAGGAGAAGUAGGGGACCUGGUCCUGGGAGCGCCUGGGACCUGGGCGCGUGGAGGAGAAGCAGGGGCGGGCGGGCGGACGAUGGCCUGGCGGAGAAUUUCAAAUCCUCGGAUGGAGGAAGAAGACGAUGGGGAUACCGAUUCAUACUAGGGGCAGCGAUGUAAAUUCCACCGUUUUCACCUGGUCGGAACCAAUCCUCCAGCGACCUAUAUUUCGGAACGGAGGGAGUAUGAAAGAAAGGCCUUCUCUUGGUAUUUGCUAUUCAAAAUAAA